CAUCAUCAAUCCUCAGAGGAAGAAGAUUCGUUUCACCGCGCUCUCUGUUGUUUUAAUGUGGUGCUGGGUUAAUACAAACUUUUAGAAAAUUAUUUUAUGUAAACCAGUAAAAUACAGUUUUUGAAUCAGGUCAGUAAAUACAUGUAAUACUCUCAUCAUCAUAGUCGUUACUAAGUGUUGAAGCAAAGAGAAAUAUAUAGGGAAGAAUAUCAGCUGAAGAUGGUGUUUGUUGAAGAGGAGAUUGAGGAGAACACGAGUGAAAUAAAAGAAGAGGAACCAGAAACGUGGAAAAUAAAAGAAGAGAAACCAGAAACUUGGAAAAUAAAAGAAGAGAAACCAGAAACUUGGAAAAUAAAAGAAGAGGAGCCAGAAACCUGGAAAAUAAAAGAGGAACCAGAAACCUGGAAAAUAAAAGAGGAACCAGAAACCUGGAAAAUAAAAGAAGAGGAACCGGAAACCUGGAAAAUAAAGGAAGAGGAAUCAGAAACCUGGAUAAAAAAACGAGAGGAACCAGAAACCUGGAGAAUAAAACAAGAAGAACAAGGAGAGUUUAUUGAAGAAAGUGAGGAGAACAAAAAAUGGAGUGAAAUUGAGGAGAAAAAUCAUGUCAAAACUGGAGAAAAACCUUUGAGAGCUAAGAAAACUUUUACAUGCACUCAGUGUGGAAAGAGUUUCACAUACCAAUGUCAUCUUGAUUUUCACAUGAGAUUUCACACUGGAGAGAAACUGUUCACUUGUAAACAAUGUGGGAAGAGUUUUACACAAAAAAGAAGCCUUAUGGCACAUAUGAGGAUCCACACUGGAGAAAAACCUUACAAGUGUUCACAUUGUGACAAGAGAUUCAGUGAUUCAGGAGACCUGAAAAAACAUGAGAGGAUCCAUACUGGAGAGAAACCUUAUAAGUGUUCACAUUGUGACGAGAGAUUCAAACAGUCAUCACAUCUAAAAACACAUGAGAGGAUCCACACUGGAGAGAAACCUAUUAAGUGUUCACAUUGUGACAAGAGAUUCAGUAGGUCAACAAACCUGAAAACACACGAGAGGAUCCACACUAGAGAGACACCUUACAAGUGUUCACAUUGUGACAAGAGAUUUAAUCAAUCAACACAUCUAAAAAAACAUGAGAGUAUCCACACUGGAGAGAAACCUUACACAUGUAAUCAGUGCGAGAAGUGUUUCACACACUCAUCACAACUUAAGGAUCACAUGAACAUCCACGCUGGAGAGAAACUGUGCUCAUGUGAUCAAUGUAAUAAAACAUUUUUGAGCGCUUCAGACCUGAAGAAACACCUGACAGUUCAUACAAAGGAGAAGCCAUAUUCAUGUUGUUUGGGUGGAAAGAGUUUUUCAAAUUUUUCAGUUUUGAAAAUACAUCAGAAAACACAUACUGGUGUAAAAAAGCACAAGUGCUCAGAGUGUGAAAUCACUUUUACUUCAGCGGGUGGUUUAAAACAGCAUGAGAGGAUCCAUACUGGAGAAAAACCUUAUGAGUGUUCACACUGUGACAAGAGAUUCAGUAGGUCAGCAUACCUGAAAACACAUGAGAGGAUCCACACUGGAGAAAAACCUUAUGAGUGUUCACACUGUGACAAGAGAUUCACUCAGUCAGGAUACCUGAAAAUACAUGAGAGAAUCCACACUGGAGAAAAACCUUUUGAGUGUUCACACUGUGACAAGAGAUUCAGUAGGUCAGCAGAACUGAAAACACAUGAGAGGAUCCACACUGGAGAGAAACCUUUUGAGUGUUCACAUUGUGACAAGGGAUUCAAUAGGAUAACAAACCUGAAAAAACAUGAGAUGAUCCACACUGGAGAAAAACCUUUUGAGUGUUCACACUGUGACAAGAGAUUCAGUAGGUUAGCAGACCUGAAAACACAUGAGAGGAUCCACACUGGACAGAAACCUUUUGAGUGUUCACAUUGUGACAAGAGAUUCAAACAGUCAUCACAUCUAAAAACACAUGAGAGGAUCCACACUGGAGAGAAACCUUUUGAGUGUUCACAUUGUGACAAGAGAUUCAAUAGGAUAACAAGCCUGAAAACACAUGAGAGGAUCCACACUGGAGAGAAACCUUAUCACUGCACUGAAUGUGGGAAGCGCUUCAGUCAUUCAUCUGCUCUACACAUACAUACAAAAAACUAUCACAGUAAGGCCCCUUACAAACAGAGAUGCCUUUAGCUGUUUAUGUACAAAUUUUGUAUCCUAUUGGUGUGUCCUCUAGAGGGAUUCUGCGUUUUGGCAGCAUGAAACUGCAAAUUUUUUCUUAAUGGGUCCCAGAGUGGAUCAAUCUGAUGUGUUUACAAUGUGUUUACAAUCUGCUUUUGAAGAAAUAUUGUAGUAUCAUGCUACAGUGUACAUUUUGUCAGCUGCAGUUCUGGUGUCUCUGUCUGAACUGUACAACAUCACAUGCAUUCACAUCAGUGUUAACUCUGCUUUAGAGUUACUCUCAGGGGUCACUGCACUUAUUCGCAGACACAAAAGUACAUUAUUUGCAUGUACUUUAAAGCCUUGCUGGUUAAAUGUUUCAUUCAUGCGCUGGUCUGAUGUAUGCCUUUUCUGAGCGUCACAUACACCCGAAGCGUGCGCACCAAAAAGCCUGUCAAACAGCGCCUGAUCGCUGAACUAAGUUAUCUUUUGUGCUUAUACUGUCAAAACACAGAAGGUUCACAAGUAGACUAAUAAUAAAAUGAAAGUAAGGAGUUGAGAUGGAACUUUUUUGUGCAAGAAGUUUUCUGGAAAAAAAUUCCAUAUUCUCUCUGGUUCGCUAAUGUGUUAUUUCAUCAACACUUCGUGGCCUAUGCCUUGAUGGUAUGGUAUGGUAGUUUGUGCAUUUCCAUGUUACGUUAUGUUACGUGUAAGAUACUUUGUGUUGUACGUGCCAUGACAUUCAAAUGCACACAAAACUUCUACGAUGGUACCUCAACCUUUCACAGACACACAGUGAAAUUAAUGUUGAAUUGAUUUGCUUGUUAAGGUAUUGUAAACUCAUGAGGAAAGAAAAACUUAAAAGCAUACUCGUAUAUCUUAAAUCUUCUGGUUACAUUAUCCUAAGUAUUUAAGGCAUCAGAGAAGUGUUCUGUAUGAAAGCUAUACAAAACACAGUUUGUCCUGUACUCGCAGGCCAUCCUAUCCAUACAAAUAACAAAUCAAUCAUUGUUUUGCACAAAUCUUUGUUUGAAUUGUGAAUGUAGCCUCUCAAGAAAAGCUUUAAGACCUUGCAGAAUACUCUGCCGCCUGAACUCUCCCACUUCACUUGUGCUGACGGCAAUCCACAGAAGAGGAUUAAGGCCAUGCAAUAAAAAAAUUUAAAAAACCUCUUGAGAUUAAAGUCGUUACAUUUUGAGAGAAAUGUCGAAACAAAAUAUUGAGAAUAAACUUGUUAAAUUACAAGAAAAAAGUUGUUACAUUUUGGCCAAAAAUUAAAUGAAAUAAAACUAUUUUUUAAGGGUAAUAAAAUGAAGUGCAAAGAGAAAAAUCACUCUCUGUUCUUGACUUAAAAAGAAUUACAGUUUUAAGUAUUACAGUUGCUUUAGGUAUCAGUCUAUAUAGUGUUUUAUUUUUAGAUUUGUUCAUUGCAUUUCUUGAAUGUUCCUGCCAAGUAAACCUUUUGUACCUGAAAAUAAGCCAUUGUUUGUUUUAUUCGUUGUAGUAAUUUAUUUUUAAAUCCCCUUAUUUCUGAUUAAAAAACACACACACACAGUAAAGAUUAUUUAACAGUUUAUUGAACAUAGAAAGCUGCACACUUCUUAUGUUUCCUAGAGUCCUAGAGUCUCUGGCCAUGGAGUGAACGGUCACAUUCCAUGAGUCACCAACAUUUAAGUAAAUGUUAAAAUGCACAUUUUGUUGUGAAUCUUUUUGUUAUUUGGGAUUUCUGUUAAAGUGUUAUCUGAUUGUUUACUUUUUUAUUUUGUUUGGUAGGAACUACAUGGGUAUAUUUAGAGGUUGUUGGUACUACCCAGUCAGUCAGUUGAUCAUCUGGGCUGAUUUCAGUUAUUACAUUGUAUUGUUACUCUGCUAGCAGGGCAGAUUUAUUAUUUUUGUAGGCCUGUUUUGGUUCAGUUAUUUUUCCUUUGUUUUAGUUGAGUUUGCAGGAAUUAUGUUGAACUGGACUUUUGAUAUAUCUGCUUUUGUGGAUUUGAUUAACAUUAUUGUUAUUGUUUUGGUGGAAGAAUAAAUCAACAAUUUUUCCCACAACUGUCCUGCUUGUCCUUGGCUACCACCACAGUAUCUUUGUUCUUAAUUAUUAACACACUAUCCCCACGGG